CUUCUGUCAGCCCCUGACAGUGUCUCCCUGGAAAGACUGGUGCAGGUAGCCAUGGAGAGAGGCUACUCAGCGCAGGGAGAGAUGUUCUCUGUGGCUGACAUGGCCAAACUGGCCCAGGAGACCUUGGACUGCCAGGCUGAGCUCCUCUGUGGUGGCCUAGGUGGCCCCAACAGAGAUCCUCACCUACAACACCUCAUCACUGGACAUCCUUUGCUCAUCCCCUAUGAUGAGGAUUUCAACCAUGAACCAUGUCAAAAGAAAGGCCAUAAGGCCCACUGGGCAGUGAGUGCAGGGGUCCUCAUAGGUGUGCAGAGUGUGCCAGUCCCUGGCUACAUGGAAGACUCGGAGUUGCCAGGCCUCUUCCACCCAGUGCCUGGCACACCCCACCAGCCACCAUCCUUCCCAGAGGAAAGCUCCCCAGGUGCCACCUUCCUUCUCUCCAAACAGGGCAAGAGUUGGCAUUACCAUCUGUGGGACUACAACCAAGUCCGGGAUAGCAACCUGCAGCUGACAGACUUCUCUCCUGCCAGGGCCUCCGAUGGACGAGUGUACGUGGUACCCGCUGGUGGGGUACAGGCUGGCCUCUGUGGCCAGGUCCUGUUGCUUAGACCACAGGGGUGGAGCCAUUAGCUGGGACUGGGGCACCCGCCUCGAAGUUAUCUCCAUCACUGUUAAGAGUGCCUCACUUCAUGCCCUGUGUGAUGUCUGUAGUCCAGCCUGUAUCUUGAGGACCUCCUGCUAGAAAUGUAUCCCAGGACCACCCCAUCUAUGAAGUCACAAGCGUGACCAUUGGCCAAA